CUCUCGUUUCUUAUUCACUUUGUCUCUGCAGUACUCAUCCUCCAUUAUUAUUCCCUUCCUUUUUUUUUUUUCAAUUCGUUCGUAGGUCUGAAUCAUUGGUCACUCUUCUACCUUUUAAAUUUACAUAUAAUUAUAAUCUUAAUCUCUUCACUGUUCUUAAUCUUCGUACUCUCUUCUUUUACCAUAUAAUAAUAUAAAUUUUUUCUUCUGUUUUCCUGUUUUACUUCGCUUUAGCUUUUGUGUGUGUGUUUAUGGCCGGCCUGGACUUGGGUUCUUCACAAUCUCAUCACUUUCUUCAUCAUCAUCAUCAUCAGCUUCAACGCCCUAAUCUUCAAUCCAGUGAAGAUGAUGAUAACCAAGACGAUAGUACUAACCCUCUAGGGCUUAACCCGGCCGGUCCGGGCGAUGUUGCCAUUCGCCGGGCUAGGGGUAGGCCGCCGGGUUCGAAGAACAAGCCAAAGCCGCCGGUGAUUAUCACCCGCGAGAGCGCCAACGCGCUCCGAGCUCAUAUUCUUGAGGUUAGCAACGGCUCCGAUGUGUUCGAGUGCGUGGCGACUUAUGCUCGGCGGAGACAGCGAGGGAUCUGUGUGUUGAGCGGGAGCGGCACCGUCACCAACGUGACAAUCCGGCAGCCGGCAGCGGCUGGGGCUAUUGCGACGCUUCAAGGGCGGUUUGAGAUACUGUCUCUGUCCGGAUCUUUCUUGCCGCCUCCAGCUCCGCCCGGAGCGACGAGCCUGAGCAUAUUUCUUGCCGGCGGGCAAGGUCAAGUGGUCGGAGGAAAUGUUGUCGGCGCUUUGGUGGCAGCUGGGCCGAUUAUUGUGAUUGCUUCUUCAUUUACCAACGUAGCAUAUGAGAGAUUGCCGUUGGAUAACGAGGAGGAACCCUUACCGGUCCAGAACGGCGGCGAUGGCAGUGGCGACCACGAUGCUGACCGAGACAUGAACGGAUUUCCGAGCUCGUCUUCUGGUCUUCCCUUCUUGAAUUUGCCUGUAAACAUGUCUCAAUUACCACUUAACGGUAAUUGGGUUGAAAAUUCAGGUGGAAGAUCGCAGCCAUAUUAAACUUGCUAGGGCACAAGAAAGGUGAGAGUCCAUGAAUUAAUAAUUAGUUUCUAUAUCCGUAACUGGCUGUGACUUGUGUUGGUUCUGUAAAUUUCUCAUUUUAAUUUUGUGAUGAAGAUUGAUUCUCUCUGUUGUGUUUGUUGUUGUGGUGGUUAAUUAGCUAUGUUUGAAUUGUUAAACAUUAAUUUCUUCUUAUAAUUUUGCUUCUUUUGAAGACUACUA